UUCUGGAAGACCGAUGACGCUUCAACCUCCACCUCCAUCAUCAGCUUAAAGAAUUUGCUGCCUCCAACCUGUCAAUCUGUGUCAACGAGCAACACAAGCCUCCACCCAACGUCUCCACCAGUAACCUGCAGCCACCACCUCCACCUGCAGAUUCUGAUUCUGGAAGACCACUGAAGACUCCACCUCCACCUUCAGCUGAAAAACAACAGCCUCCAUCUACUGCCUCUGCCAGAAACCUGCAGCCGCCAGCUCCACCUGCAGAUUCUAGCAGACAAUUUCAACAACUCCACCUACAGCCUCUGCCAGCAACGUCCACUGCAACCUCCACCUGUGGAUUCUGACAUAUUGCUGCAACCUUUGUCCUCCAACUAAAAUCCAAACCGAGUCCUCUUCUAGAAACCUGCACCUCUGACUCCAUCUAAAGUGUCUUCCAUUUUUCUGCCAACUGUCUCUCCCAGUAACCUGUUGUUUCCUCCACCCACAGAUUCUGGGAGACCAGUAACACCUCUACCUCUGCCUCCAUCCUCGACUGAUAAACCAAUACUGCUGCCUCCAUCAGUCAGUAGGUCUGUGCUGACAAACACAAACCUCCGCCUAAAGCCUCUGCCAGCAGCCUGCAGCCACCACCUCCACCUGCAGAUUCAUGCAGACAGUUGAAGCCCAAACCUCCUCCUAUGACCUAUGCAAGCAACCUCCAGCUUCCUCCAUCAGUAGAUUCUUCAGAUAGCUGUGGUCAAACUCUCCGCUUCUGUCCUCUGCAGCCUGAACCUCCACCUGCACCCUCUGCCACAAACUUGAAACCACUGCUUCAUCCUGCUUUUUCUGGCAUGGAGCUGCAGAAUAAUCUUCCACCUGCAGCUUCUUCCAGCAACCUGCAGAUGAUUGCAAACAGCUACAGCCCCCACCAGAAACAUCCAGUGCAACAAACGUCAGCUGGUGGAUCAACGCUGUUUGUAAAGGCAUCAUGAAACUGGGUCAGCUGUCCAUCACGGAGAAGUCCAAGCUGUGUAACCUUCAUGGCCCUGUCCUCCAGAGAGCUGUUAGAAAUCAUCAAUACACUGACUGGAUGGAGUUUAUUCCCCAUCAAGCACAGUGACUUCUUCAAAACUUCACACACUGUGCUGGGUGCUCUUCCUGGAGUUUUCAAGGUGGGGGGUAUGGAACAGCGCAGAGGUGCUGGUGGGGGAAGAGAGAGUCCUGCCUCCAGUGGCCCGCCACCUUGUAAGUUAACCCACGCAGAAGUUAACGGCAGCCCAGCAGCUCUGCGAACCAGGCAGAAUAGUACACAACAUGGAGGCUGUCCGGGCGGUGCGCUGCCUCAUUCAGCCUCUACUGCUUCCAGCUCAUGUUGUUCUGUAGAAGAGAAUGUAGAGCGGCUGGGCAGUGCAGGUCUGAUCGUCGGCCAACCUGGAGAGCAUUUUCUACCAAAUGCCGACAGCGCAGCGUCAUCUUUCCAAUUAGUAAACCCUCCCACUAGUGCAUCUUUCCGAUGUCCCUUCCAUUUGUCCCUUCCACGUCAGCAAAAAAGUCUGAUGAUCCCAGUCUACUGUGUGGUGGAGCAUGAAGACGUCGGCACAACCGCUGACCGUGAGGCCCGCGGCAACCAUCAUGCUGAGUUUGUGCUGGUUCGCAAAGAUGUCCUCUUCACACAGCUGGUAGAGACGGCACUGGUUGCUCUGGGAUACUCCCACAGCUCAGCUGUACAGGCAAGUGGAAUCAUUAAAGUGGGCCGGUGGAACCCGAUGCCAAUCCACUACCUAACAGACGCUCCUGAGGCAACGGUGGCUGACAUGCUGCUGGACGUUUACCACAUGGUCACACUGCGGAUCCUACUGCACAGGUCGCCCGUCUUUGCGCAGUUAGAGGAGCUGCCGUCAAAGCAGUGGACCCUCAGCACAGUGAGGGACGCACUCAAAGAGCUCCUGAGAGAGGCCAACCAUAGCAUGCUGGCCAAGGAGUGUCCUCUCUCCCAGAGUAUGAUCUCAUCGAUAGUGACAAGUUCCAACUGUGCCAACGUUCCCAUCUCUAAAUGCCAGGAGUUUGGGCGGUGGUACAAGAAGUACAAAUGCAUCAAAGGCACCCCUCGAGCUCCGUCUGUCAAGAGUAUCCUCAGGGACACUGAGACUUCAACCCAGCCUCAACCUGCCAAUCAGCGCCAUCCAAGCCAUCCACUUGGUCCCCAGGCUCCACCUCUCCAGGGCCACAGCGGGCUCCUGUCCCCCCAGCUCUCCCCUCAGCUGGUGCAUCAGCAGCUCGCCAUGGCCCAUCUCAUUAACCAGCAGCUAGCCGUCGGCCGCCUCCUCACCCACCAGCACCCACAGGGAAUCAACCACCAGCUCCUCAACCACCUGCCCACCUCGCUGACCUUCAAGGGCUCCAGGGCAGCUUCCGAGCCCAGCCUCAACUGCUCAGGGGCCGAAGUCUCCUUUGACAUUUACCAGCAGGUCAGGAACGAGCUGAAGAGGGCCAGUGUUUCCCAGGCCGUGUUUGCCCGUGUGGCUUUUAAUCGCACGCAGGGGUUGCUGUCAGAAAUCCUCCGUAAGGAGGAGGAUCCUCGCUCGGCCUCCCAGUCACUGCUGGUCAAUCUGAAGGCCAUGCAAAACUUCCUCAACCUGUCAGAGGCGAAGCGAGACCAUAUCUACCAGGAGGAGAGAGAGAGGAGCACCAUCACCAACCACAACCUCGUCUCCAACACUAACACAAACAGACACACACAGACAACCUGCAUCGUGUCCGGUGCAGAGCUGGCGCUGAAGGUGGACUUGCUGGUGAACAUCACGCCGGGGAUCUAUGAGGAGAUUCAACAGGAAAUGAAGAGGGCAAAGGUCUCCCAGGCUCUGUUCGCCAAGGUGGCAGCCAACAAAAGUCAGGGUUGGCUGUGUGAGCUACUCCGGUGGAAAGAGAGCCCAAGCCCUGAGAACCGCACACUGUGGGAGAACCUGUGCACCAUCAGGAGGUUCCUGACGCUACCGCAGGCCAGCAGAGACCAGGCCUACGAAGAAGAGUCGAGGCAGCAGCACAGCGAAAGGCUCCACACCGUCAUGCACAUCUCAGACCACCAGGAGGCAAUCCACAGACAACCCCUGCCACCUCUGACAGCUCCGUCUCCGAUUCACGAGGACCCGCAGCCCAUCCCAGUACCUGGCUCAGAAGAUCGGCCCCAGGGUGGGGUGAGCCCUGGCCCCGGAGGGGUAGGACCAAAGAAGGCCCGAUCGCGGACGCGGAUUUCCCACGAGGCCCUGGGAAUUCUGCAGAGCUUCAUUGGCGAUGUGGGGCUUUACCCAGACCAGGAGGCCAUCCACACCCUAUCAGCCCAGCUGGAUUUACCAAAGCCCACCAUCGUGAAGUUCUUCCAGAACCAGCGCUACAACGUCAAGCACCACAGCCAUGCCAGAGAGCCGGACCCCAUGGAGGACGACCAAGAGAGCUCCUGUCUCAGUGAGAGAGGCAUUGGCAUGAUGGAGAGUCAAGGGGAGGGUGGUCUCUCUGCAUCUGAGGAGUGGAGUGACGAUGGGAGAGGAUCAGUGGGGAUCAGAACAGAAGGUGUGGAAAUGGAGGUAGAGAGAGAUGAAGGGGAUGAUGGGAAAACCUCAGGACAAGAAACUUCCUCCCUGUCCCCUAACAGCAGUGUGGACAGCCCCCACUCUGCAGAGCAACAGAGAUGACAGCGAAGAUAAUGAGUCAGGAAGAAGAAGAAACAUCAUCAUUGUUUUCAUCAUGUAAUACUUGACUGAAAAUGGAUCAGAAAUCAUUACCAUUCAUUUUAGAUACUACCAGUGUUACUCAGCUUAUUGGUUUUUUUUCUGAUUUUCUGAUGAUCACCACUAUACUAUGCUGAAACACGGAAUUCUUUAAGUCGAGUUUCCUGUUUUUUAAUUUAAUGAUCAUAUGCAUGGAUGGAGGGGAAGAAAUUCUGCUGCAGGAGUGCUUUGGGAAAUUUCAGUUAUCUUUUUUUUUGUACCACAGCCAUUUUUUAAGCUAACAAGGGGUUUUACGUUUGUUUGUGUACAUUUUUUUUUAGUGUGUUGACAUGUGUUUGAUAUUCAAAUGAGUUUGGCAGUUUUCCUUUACCUUAGGUUGGUGUUGAGAUGGCAGUGGACAAUCAGAAGUGUUUUUGUAGAGUCAGUUACAUAGGCCAUUUGGACCUGGCAACAUUUUCGACAGUGUUCCAUUUUGUGGUAAACUUGUUCGUUGCCUCUAUUGGCACUUUUUUUUUUUUUUGUCCAAUCUUCACCAGACUAGGUGCAUACAGUGCCCUGUACACAUGUACACGGGUAUUUCUUCCCAAUGGGCCUUCUCAGUGUGUGUAGCAUCACUGGCAAAUUUGAACUUGGGGGAUGUGUUAUGUCAUAUUGGAGUUUUUGAUUUUACACAUUGAAAGAAUGCAUGUUUACUUUACUGCGAUAAUAGAAAGAGAAAAUAGAAAAGAGAGAAAAAUGACCGCCGACAGUGUUUUGAUAAAAGUGUCACUGUUUCGGAGGAUUCUGUGAAGAGCAGUCAUACUAUAGUAUCAGUGUGUUUUGUAACCCGGCAACAAACCAAAAUGUACAAUCUGCUUCCUGUUUACACCAGCGCACACAUUCACCAAUGUACAUUUACAAUCAUGUGAUUUGCAUUUUCGGGUGUGAUAAACGGUGCUAAAAUGCUUUUCUGGGCAGAUAUUGUUUUUGUUUAAAAACCCUUUGUUUCAUAAAACACCCCUUUACAUGUGGACAAAUGCCACAGAGGUGUGUUGCCUACCCUGCAAGCUCAUUCAGCUAAAGCGUAUUAAUAAACUUUGUCCAAACCACA